AUGGAAGGUACCGAGAAAACUGUUGAAGACCCCAAUCUCAUCGAUUUUGCCGGCCCGGAGGAUCCUUACAAUGCGCUCAAUUGGCCCUUCAGGAAGAAAGUGAGGGUCACCAUGCUCUACAGCUUCUGUACCAUGGGCGCGACGUGGGCAAGCACCGCCUACAACUCUGGAAUCGUGGAGAUAGAGAUGCAUUUCCAUGUGAGCUCCGAGGUCGCACUUUUGGGAAUGUCACUCUACCUUUUCGGCAAUGCGUUUGGUCCUUUCCUCUGGGCACCAAUGUCCGAGGCCUACGGUCGCAAGCCCUCUGUUUUGAUCCCUCUCUUCGGCCUUGCCCUCUUUUCGUUCGCAUCCGCAACUGCUAAAGACAUACAAACACUUUUCAUCACUCGUUUCUUCGGCGGCGUGUUUGGAUCAGCUCCGCUUUGCAACGUUGGCGGCGUGAUAGCAGACAUAUGGCCGCCGACACACAGGGGCCCUGCGCUUCUUAUGUGGGGUUUGUCGGUCAUUAUUGGACCACUGAUUGCCCCCAUUGUCGGAGGAGCUUUAGUGAUAAGUAUGCCGACCGUUGGUUGGAGGUGGACUGAAUACGUCACCGGUAUCAUUCUGGCCGUCGCUAUCUCUGCCAGUAUCGUAUGGGUAGACGAAAGCUACCCUCCCGUUCUUCUUGCAAGUAAAGCCAACCACAUUCGAUUCGAAACCAAGAAUUGGGCAAUCCACUCCAAAAGCCAGGAGGCGGGAACAUCGUUCAAAGAGCUGUUUCGCAAGUACUUCAUCGUACCCUUUGAGAUGCUGGUAGAUCCCAUCGCCUUUAUUAUCAACCUUUACGCUGCCUUUUGCUAUGCUAUCAUCUAUCUCGCUAUUCCAACUUUGCCAUAUGAAUUCAACCAAACCCGCCACUGGAACGCAGUCGUCGGUGCCACGCCCUACACGUCCAUCAUUAUUGGCGUAAUUUUUUCCGCGGGCGUGAUCUUGUGGGGAGGAAUCUACUACAAGAAGCGUUUCAUCGCCAAUGGAAACAAGAUCAUCCCCGAAGCUCGCUUGCCACCCAUGAUGAUCGGAUCAGUCUUCUUCACCGCCGGACUCUUUAUCAUGGCCUGGACGUCCAAAGCUAGUAUUUAUUGGAUAGGUUUCUGCGUUGGACUUGCUUGCCUUGGUCUUGGCUUCUUUACGAUCUUCCAGAGCUGCCUCGGCUACCUCGUCGACACAUACCUUGGGCUGUCUGCGAGCGCCAUUGCAGCGAAUUUAUUCAUGAGGAGCAUGCUCGCGGGUGCUUUUCCACUGUUUUCUCACGCUUUGUUCACCAACAUCGGACUUGACUGGGGGUUGAGCCUCCUCGGAUUUUUGGCUGUGGCCAUGCUUCCAAUUCCCUAUGUGUUCUACAUCUUUGGCCGGCGAAUUCGCGCAGUGGGCAAGCAUUCGAAGAAGACUUUUGUUCCCUGAGUUUUUCACUCAUCUCUCCCGUUCAAUUCUAUCCGAUGACCCGGGGUUCCGGAAGGGAAAUUUGAGGCUCCCGCGGUUCGGUAGCUUGAUGUGCAUUCAUGGUUGAUAGUGGUCUCCAGCGAUCAUCAACAACCUAAUCUUGCAUAGAGUAGAAACGUGAAAGGGAGUCUUGACUCGCGCGCAAGCACGGCUCUAGCAUUAGUGGCUGAAAGAAGAGGCGUACAAAAUCAAGUUCGAAAUGUUAAGAACUGUAAAUUUAACUAUGAUCAGUGAUCUGGCCUUGAAGAUGAAUGGGUUUGAGCACAGAUUCCAAGUCAGCAC